AUGGAUGAAUUAAAUUUGAAAGUACAAAACAGUGAAAAACAAUAUAUUGAAGAGGAGGAAGAAGCCGAAAAGUAUAGAGAAGGUAUAAAUUCCAAAGCCGAUAUUUAUCGUCCUGGAGAGAAUUACAAUGAUGGAGAAUUCGAAUUAACUUUUCAAAAUAAGGCCUACGAAAUUAAUUACAAAAUCAGAAAUGAAUGGCCUGCUUUGAGUUUUGAUAUUGUUUCACAACCACUCGAUACUAUGAAUUAUCCAUUGUCAUGUUAUUUUGUUGUGGGUGUGCAAACUGAUGAAACUGUUCCUCAAAAGAAUUGUUACAUGAUUAAAGCUUACGAUAUGUACAAAACACGUUACGAUUCAGAUGAAAGUGACGUUGAAGAUGAAGAUGAUGAUAAUGAAAAUUUGGAUGAUGAACCAUCACUUGAAUACCAAACUAUUCCAAUCACUGGUAAUGUUAAUAGAGUAAGAGCAAUGCCACAAAAUAGAAAUAUUGUUGGUUUUUGGUGUGAGGACUCUAAGGUUCACAUUUAUGACUUGACACAAAUGUCACAAGUUUUAAGACAAGAAAAUAUGGCCAGUUCCUUAAAAUCUAUUACAAAGAGUAAGAAGGCAAUUCAAACUUUCGAUUUCCAUACUACUGAAGGUUUUGCUAUGGACUGGUCGAAGUGUGUGGAAGGUAGACUUGCUACUGGUGAUUGUAAUGGUGAAAUUAACGUUAUGGAUAUGCAAACAAAUAGUGGAGUUCAUACUUGGAAGAGAAUUUAUGAUAAACCAUUUGUUGGACAUACAGGAAGUGUUGAGGAUCUUCAAUUCUCACCAAGUGAAGACAGUGUGUUUGCAUCAUGUUCAUGCGAUAGAACUAUUAAAUUCUGGGAUACAAGAAAAAAGAAUAGAAAGCAUGCUCUCAGUUUUGAAGCUAGUGAAAAGGCAGAUGUUAACGUUAUUUCUUGGAAUCCUCUCACAAGUUACUUUAUUGCAAGUGGUGACGAUGAUGGUGUUAUUCGUAUUUGGGACGUCAGACAAUGUUCUGAUAGCAGUCCUAUGAAACCAGUUGGCCAAUUUAUUUAUCACAAGAAUUCUAUUACAUCAAUAGAAUGGAAUCCAAUUGAAUCAACGUUAUUGGCUGCUUCUGAUUCUGAUAAGGUGACAAUUUGGGAUCUCUCACUCGAAAGAGAUGCCGAACAAGAAGAAAUUGAAAAAGAAAUCGGAAAUGAAAUCCCACCACAAUUGUUAUUCGAACACAUGGGUCAAGUUGACAUUAAGGAAGUGCACUGGCAUCCAAAAUUCCAAAAUGUGCUUAUUACAACAAGUCUUGACGGCUAUUCAAUCUUUAAACCAUCUAAUCUUUCAGAAGAUCCUGAGGAUGAAGAAAUGGAACAAUAA